UUCCUCGUUUCUCUUCAACUACAUCACCAAGCUGAGAAUCCCUCCCGCAACUCCACGAAAUCGUCGUCAGAGGGAUAGUUUAGAUCGAUCUCCAUUAUGUUUGUUGGAGUGCGGGUUAUCAGCCGGUUUGAGGAGUGGAGGGUUUUGCGAAACAGGACUGUUCAGUCAAUUAUGUUGGUUGUGUUACAUCAUGUUGACGAGAUUUUAUAUUUUGGUUAUCGUUAUCGAUCUAUCGAUCUUGUUUUGACUAUGUACUGAGUACACUACUGUUAUUGAAUAUCGUUAAGAACUCAUACCCACUCUGAAUAUACAGGC